GCCCCACCCUCGGAGGUGCCUGUGACCAGUGGCGUUGCCUCUUUGAGGUGACUGACGGCCCCGAGCGCUAGUUAUAGGUAGGCUUUACGGUGUGCUCCGAAAUGGCACCUGGCCUUAGUUCCCCUCUGUGGCGGCGUCUUGGACGUACAUGCAGCCGGGACAAGUCCUCUGGCUCAAACAGUAAUUAAUAUUACGGAGGUGGAUGGACCACAAAUCCCAAGAAACGCUUCCAAAUCGCCUUAGCUUCAAUGAACGGGUCCAUGAAGCGAGGCAUUCUGGGACUUGUAGUACUUGGUGCAGAAGCUUUGCUUAGAUUCCGAAGGCGCCUCCUGACAGUCUGUUGCCUUAAAAUCGAAAGGUCUCCUCCUUGCAGAACUAUAUUUGUGGCCUUAUAUUUGUACCACUCGCAUCAUUAUGUCCUCCACCCCAAGUUCUUCUGUCGCCGCGGUUAGCAGGCUCCUCCUCCAGUCACUGCAUUGAGUCCUUAGAUAAAAGCAGCCUACGCAUCUCCCGCCUGCCUCCAUGGCGCGCUUGUCUGCCUGCCAAAAAUCUCAGCGGCACUUUGCAACCUGCUUGCAUUAUAUAUUUCAUUACUGCGAUCUUACUGAAUUCAGUGGGUCUUGUUACUAAGUAGGCACAGGAUCGCCCUGCCUGUCUUAGCAACCCGAAAAAGCUACACCGGCUCCCUCUCCUCACCCCACCCCAAACAACCCUAUCGCCUAUCGCUGUUCUAGGUUCUUGUCUUCCGAUGCAAAUGCAUCUUGUGUGUUUUUUAACUGCUCUUUAUUAAAUCUUAGAGGCACAGGUAUGUUGGCCGGUUACAGCAAAAAAACUAAAAGGAAUGCCCUGUACAAAACAUAUUUGCUAUUUGCAUAUUUGCCCACGAAAGCUUACGCUUCAGAUAGAUCUGUUGUUCAAGGUGCCAAAAAAAGUUUGCUGGGUGUGUGCUCCUUCCUUCAUAACCCAUCACCCUUCCUAUCUAUUCAGUUUCGUCUCUGCAGCUUCCUAUACCCGCCGCCCUUACACAUGAACUUGUAAAUCAGCCGCCCAAAUUUGUUUGUGAUCUUCCAUCGCUUCUCCUUGUUCCAUGUGGCUUACAUUGAAAAACGGUGCAUUGAUAGUUGUGCUCAUUGCUGUCCUGUUUCCUGGAAGAGGGGAAAGGGAGCUUGUUUGUAUUCUCGUUGUUUGACCAUUAUGGGGCUAGGGUGUACGAAUGAACACAAAUGCAGGGGAGGCCCGCCAUUUUAAUCUUUUUUAAAAAAGAAAAAAGAAUCCAUGCAGACAGGCACUUGCUCACGAAGUAUUUCUGAGUCUACCGCGCUCUCGGUUUGAGGUCAUUUCCGCUGCGUUUGAGCGCGAAAAAGUUGUUUGGCUGCUGCGGCAGGAGGAGGAGGAGUUGCUGCUGCUACGAUUGCUGCACGGAUGAAAGAGCGGGUCUCGGUGAGGAAGGCGCUUCGAGGUCUAGGAAGUGGAAUAGUAAUUUAUAAGCAAGUUUCGUGUAGUUGGGGCAGUGCAGUGUUCUUUAAACUAGUGAGACCUAUUGACUAGGAGGCCGUCAAAAACGUGGGAGUAAAAUACUGCAUAGUUCUGCUUGCACCCGAGAGUGAUUACUUGAUGCAACGUAAACGAUCUUUUGACGCGUCUGAAUGGCAUUCCUGAACUCCUAGACUGAAGUGGUUUGAAGGGUGGCAGAAAGGCAGAUAUAUCCACAGACACCCCUUCAAUUCACUUUAGGACAGAGGUACUAGGUAAGGUGAAAUGUGGAGGGUAUUCCUAUGUAUAUCUGUUCAGAAGCAAACCCCAUUUAGUUCCGUGGGAUUUACCCCCAGGUAAGUGAACAUGUCCUGCCAACCUAGCAGUUCAAAAACACGUCAAAGUGCAAGUAGAUAAAUAGGUACCGCUCCGGCAGGAAGGUAAACGACGUUUCCGUGCACUGCUAUGGUUUGCCAGAAGCAGCUUAGUCAUGUUGGCCACAUGACCCGGAAGCUGUAUGCCGGCUCCCUCGGCCUAUAGAGCGAGAUGAGUGCUGCAACCCCAGAGUCGUCCACGAUGGGUCAGGGGUCCCAUUACCUUUAAGUGAACAUCGGGUUAUGUAGUCUCAGUUAGUUUAGGGACUGUGCAAAAAUGACUUGGGUUUCCAUAAAGGCCAUAGGUAUGAAGAAGCGCUACCUAAAUUUAUUCUCUGUGUCUUUGCGAUCCCAGUGCAUGUUUUGAUUAGAGCUGGAGACACUACCAAAUUACCGCUGGCUUCUUCAUUUCCACAGAGAGCAGUUCUGCUUGAGAUUUUUGCACCAAGCAGUAACCCAACCCUGUUAAGGCUGGAGUCUUUUGCAUACUUACCAUAACAAAAGUGGGGCUUACUUUCAAGUAAUCGUACAUAUUUUUGUGCUGCCCAUCUAUGUAAUGCCUCAUUCAUUCCAUUUUGAGGUUGCUAUAAAAUGCAGCUUUUUCAUCUUGCUCAGCAACAUCCUUUUAUCCCACUCCCCACCACCACCAUUCCUGGGUUUCCUUUGCUUAACAUUUAAUCAGAAGAGGAGUUUUACUGGGCUUACUACUUUGUGUCCCAAUAAAAGUGGUGUUACUUUUUGUAUUUACAUCCGGCCUUUCCUCAAAUAAGCUCCAGGUGGUAUAUGCUUACCUGGCCUCUCCCUCCACAUUUUAUACUCGGGAAACUGAAGUAGAUUAGACUGGUGGUCUUCAGCAAAGGUUAGUGCCCAUGGUCACUAUUGAAAUUUGCCUAAUAUCUCAGCGACUAACUGGGCUUUCAAAGGUAUGUUGCAAAUACUUCUUACACAUCUACUACUCUUCCCAAUGCUUCCUUUUAAGGAUAGAAAUGCCCAUUUGACUGGAAAAACUCCAGUCUGGAACCCUGGAAAGUUGCUAUUAGUCAGUGUUGACAGUACUGAGCUAGAUGAAUCGGUAAACUAACUUUGUAUAAGACAGCUUUUUCUGUUCCUAAGUUUUCUAGAGUCGUGGGUAUAGCCAGGGUGUGGGGAGGAGGGCAGAUCUGCCCCCCUAAAUCAAGCAAAUCAAUAAAAAUACUUAACUGACCAAUUGCAUAACAAAUAACUCAAUUCUGCCCCCCUAACAUAAAACCUGCUGCCCCCCAAAAUAAAACCUGGCUAUGAUCAUGUCUGCGGGAGGCAGUGGAAGACAAGAUUGCCUGGCGUGCUCUGGUCCAUGGGGUCACAAAGAGUCGGACAUGACUAAACAACAACAACAACAAUGAUCAUGUCUAGAGCUGAAUCUGUAAAAUGAACUCAGCAAGAAAUUCAGAUCCUGUCACAGACCAUCCAUGUGAUGUUACAAGCACGCGUGGCAUUGUAGUCUAAAUCACUGAACCUCUUGGGCUUGCUGAUUGGAAGGUUGGUGGUUUGAACCCAUGUGCCAGGAUGAGCUCCUGUUGUUCUGUUCCAGCUUCUGCCAACCUAGCAGUUCAAAAGCAUAGCAGUGCAAGUAGAUAAAUAGGUACUGCUGCGGCAGGAAGGUAAACGGCGUUUCUGUGCGCUCUGGCUUCCAUCACAGUGUCCCAUUGUGCUAGAAGCAGUUUAGUCAUGCUGGCCUCAGAACCCGGAAAGCUGCCUGUGGACAAAUGCCAACUCCUUCGGCCUAAAAAGCGAGAUGAGCACUGCAUCCCAUAGUCGCCUUUGACUGGGCUUAACUGUCAAGGGGUCCUUUACCCUACUUUUACCCUUACCAACCCAAUAUAGCAUUUCUGUGCAUCAACUGCACAGUUGCUACCUGUCCUGAGGGUUUCUUCCUAAAGAUUCUAGUACCUAGAGGGUGUCACUUCAUCCCAUAAAUGCAGCUAUUCAUUAGGACACAGCACAAUUGCAUGUAAGAAGAUUAAUUAUUAUAGGUGAUAAAAGUCAAUGAUCCAGGCUACUGUAAUAUAGUUCAUAGUUGUACUUCAGUUGUGAUUCUGGUUCUUUUGUGCUACUUCCAGUGCCCUGUAACACCUAAGACAAUAAUGCCCAGUCUUCUUUAACAAUUUAUUUAACCAAAAUUAUACCCCACUUGAUUGUAGUAAAAUCUGCGUGUGACAGGAUUGCUGUUGUACAGUGAGAGUGGGGAUUAAUACCCAUCCAAAAUGGCUAUUGAUGGAGUGUGCCUUCUUUAACUUUGCAUGAUUUGGUUUUUUUCUGGCCUUGUUUUUUCCUAAUCAGCCUUUGCUGAGGGCAGGUAAACCACUGCAUUAGGUGUGGCUGGAUCACUCAGUUACUCCAGGUGCAAAGGACCUGCCUUCCUGUAGAGGAGGCUGCUGUCGCUUUUCCACUUGUGUUCUAGGCUUGCCACCUUCCAGUCAGUGAGCGAUACAGAAAGAGGGUGGAGGAGUAGGCUCUUCUGAGGAUAAAAACCACUUUAGCCUAAGUUAAAAUCACAUAAUCAUUCCAGUGUCGUUAAAAAAAUAUUAUUAUUGAGUUGUAUUCAGUGAAGCACUUGUGCAGUGAUGCCUCAAAAGGGGAAUUUUGUCUACUGUGCUCUCUGAAAUUUCAUUAACGUUAUUAAGUUUCACAGCACUUUGUGUGCCAACUAUACACAAAGGGCAUAGGACUCUCCUAUCACCUGAACUGCACUUUUAAGUUGAAUUCAAAGUACUCCAGUGAUCAAUUUAACAUGCUUAUGUGUACAAAUAAACCCACGUACACAUUUAACAAUGUUUUAAUAAAACAGCUUAUAAACCAGAGUCCUUGAACUGCAACCAUAUCCAUUUUGAUACUAUUUAUGAAGUAAAUGUGUUCAAAUAUGACCUAUUUUGAUAAGUGCUGGAGAAGACUGAGUGUGGCAUUUUGAAAUCAGAUCUCUUAUUUUUUGUCAGGUGGAACAUGGCAGUGGUCAUCCAAGAGACUUGUACACGUAAAACUUCUGGUUCAACUUCCGAUGUCAGUGAAAGACUGUCUUACCUACCUGAAAACUUAAAAGACAAACUGCUUUCAUUUCAGAAGAAAGGAAUUGUGUUUGCAUUGGAAAGAGGUGGCAGGUAAAACUAUCUUAAACAUGGAUCUGUCAGUCCCUUUUAGGAGUGGGGAAACUAACCCAAGUAGUUACAAUGGCUCCAAUAUAUUUUCUGAAUGUUAUACUGAAUUUCUAGACCUGAAUCAUUAAGUAAUUGAAGCUGAACCCAAAAGCUUAUAGUAUUCUUCAAGUAUUUAGAAUAGGAAUUAUUUGUGCAUGUAGGGGAGGAAAAAGAAUCAGGAGGUGCAGGGAAUUAGGACAACACAAAUCUUUAUGACUGGGUGCCAAUUGCAUUUAUAAGCAAAUGUAAAAUGAAUUUUUUAUCUAUAGGAUGAAGAGUAGAAAAAGGUAACAUAAUGACUAUUCAAGACAAUCAUCAAUCUAGUUAAAUUGCUUUGUACAUGUUACAGACUACCCUUGAACAUAGCCACCUGGAAUGUCAGAGAGAAGCUGCCCCUUGGCCUCUUCCCCAAAUGCACCUGUCUUCUGUUAAAGGGUUUUCCAGCAUGCACCCACCCCCUACACACAUGCUUGCAGCUUGAAAUGUGCUGUCUAGGAAAUGUUUGGCCACUUGAUUAUCAGUUGGCUGGCAUUUCCCCCCAGCUAUAAGUUAAUUUGCUUUUCACUGGUUAACAUGUAAGGGUUAGUGUUUUGUUUAGAAUCGGCUUGAGCUGGACUACAACUCCCAUCAUCCCUGACCACUGGUCCUCCUAGCUAUGGAGGGUGGGAGUUGUUGUCCAACAACAUCGGAGGACCCAAGAUUGAGAAAGGCUGCUCUAAAGGCUCAAUAGUCUUUUUUACCAUUCAACACUUUUGCCUCCUGAUGGAAGUUUGACACAGCCUUUUUGUGAAUGGAAAAGUACUUCACAUAAUUGUCAACGUGAUGCCACUCAUUGGGACCAUUUUAACUUAACAUUCCAUGCACAAGUCAUCUGAGGCUCUAUUCUUGGUGAAGUACCCUAAUUCUUGCAAGACAAGUCAUCUUUGUUACAGAUACAGGACCGCACAGUUGUGUUUAAUGAUAUACACAUUUUUUAAACGCACCAGGCACACAUUCCUUAAAUAACCCCUAUAUGAGAGAGAUGUUAAUGCUAAAGUCUUGGCUUGUGAGUAGGAUGCAAAUUAUAUGCUAGAGUGUUACAUAAAACUGAUUCACAUGAGUGGGUGAAAAUCUGGAACUCCAAACUGAGGGGAAACAGCACUCUUCCUCAAUACAGUCUGUUCUGUUAGGAAGUGUGAGUCCUGUUCGUAAAAGGAAGCAGGGGACUCUUUGGUACUAAAGCCAGUUUGCUUUUGUUAUUUAUCCUCUUGUUUUUCGAAAACAUAAGAAAAGCCUGCUAGAUCAGACCAGGUGCCCAUGUAGUCUAGCAUCCUGUUCUUACAGUUGCCAACUACAUGCCUAUGGGAAGCCCACGAGCAGGACCAGAGUGCAGCAACACUUUCUCCCCCUGUGGUUUCCAGCAGCUGGUAUUCAGAAGUAUGUGGAGCUAGAACAUAGGCGUUAGAGUUAUUAGCUGUUGAUACCUUUAUCUUCCAUGGAUGUAUCUAAUCCUCUUUCAAAGCCAUUCACUACCUCUCGUGUGAGCAAAAUCCAUAGUUAAAUUACUCACUUCAUGACAAUUUACCGUAUUUUUUGCUCUAUAAGACUCACUUUUUCCCUCCUAAAAAGUAAGGGGAAAUGUGUGUGCGUCUUAUGGAGUGAAUUCAGGCUGCGCAGCUAUCACAGAAGCCAGAACAGCAAGAGGGAUUGCUGCUUUCACUGCACAGUGAUCCCUCUUGCUGUUCUGGCUUCUGAUAUUCAGAGUAAUUUUUUUUCUUGUUUUCCUCCUCCAAAAACCAGGUGCGUCUUGUGGUCUGGUGCGUCUUAUAGAGUGAAAAAUACGGUACUUUCUUUCGCUUGUCCUGAAUCUUCCAGCAUUCAGCUGCAUCGGAUGUCCGUGAGUUCUAGUGUUAUAGAGAGGGAGAAAAACUACUGUAUUCUCUGCCCUCUUUCUCAAUACUGUGCAUAAUUUCAUGUUACCUCUUAGGUUUCCCUAAACCAAAAAGCCCCAAAUCUUGUAACCUUUCCUUCAUAGGGCAGGUGCUUCAUUCCCUUUAUCAUUUUGGUUGCCCUUUUUCUGAAUCCUUUUCAACCCUACAAAACUCUUUUUGAGAGGAGGCAACCCAAACUGUUCACUGUCCCAACUGCAGCCACUCUGUAGGUUUGUUAUAAUGGCAUUAUAUCAGCAGUUUUAUUUUCACUUCUUUUCUUAAUGAUCCCUACUAUGGGAUUUGCAUUUUUCACAGCUGCCAGCCACUGGGUUGACAUCUUUAUCAAGCUGUCCACUUCAACCCCAAAGUCUCGUUCCUGGUUGGCCACCCAUGAGCAUAUUUGUGAAAUUAGGAGUUUUUGUCCAACCUGCAUCAGUUUACACUUGUUUAUUUUGAAUUGCGCUUCCCAUUUUACUGCCCAUUCACUCAGUUUGGAGAGAUCCUUCUGGAGCUCUUUGCAGUCCUGGUUUUAGCCACCCUGAACAAUUGCGUAUCAGUUUGGAUAGGCUGUUGGGGGGCUGCUGUGGGGAAAUAAGAUUCUGCCAACCCCAUUAUGCACACACAACUCUACAGUCUAUCCAGUGCCUUUCCUGUCACUGCUCAGCUUUGUGGCCAAGUGGAGUCUUGAACCAGGGUUUCCCCUUGAAAGUCUCAACACCCAAACUUUCUUACUACAUUUCCUGUGUUUCCUUUUACUCAUUGCAAUGCUGAUAGUGUCAGUGCCACAGAUGAGUAGUUCUGCCAUAUUGUAGGUGCACUUUCAGUCUAUUUCUGGACUAAAGCAACUUUCACCUUCUCCAAGGAGAUGUUUGUGUGCCCCUCUCUGCCUUUGGUCUUAUUUUUCAACUGCUUAUACUGUACAGUAUUACUUGUUUCAAAGCGCCUAAAUCAACUAGGCACUAUAUAUAAAGCAAACUAAAAUUCACUAGCUUGCCCUUAGGCUUACAUUUUAAGCAAGAUGAGAGAUGGAAGGAAAAUGGUGGUAAAUAGUUAAAAUGAUAUUGAAUAAAUAUUAAAAUUAAAUGACGUUUCACAGCGAUGCUAAGUAGCGUAAUUCCCUUUAUUUUAUUUUUCAAAGCGUAGUAGUAGUAGUAACAUUCCUAUCCUGCCCAUUCACUAUGAAACCCUGUGGGAUGGGGAGCCUAUGGCUCUCCAGAUGUUGCCGGACUCAAAUUCCCAUCUGCCACAGCCAGCAUGGCCAUUGAUCAGGGGGGAUGGGAGUUGUAGUCCAAUGACAUGUGGAGGGCCAAAGCUUCCUCAUCAUUGGGUUAGGCUGAGCUCAAAUCAUUUUGUGAGCUUCAUGACUGAGUGGGGAUUUAUAACCUUUCUAUUUUAGAUAGCUUACUGUAAACUAAAAUAACAUAUAUUAUUUUAGUGUGGGAUGGGGGAACAAUUGCUUUCCCUGCCUUUACCUUGGAGUUCAGAAAGGACAAGUAUCUAAUUGACUGCUGUUAGGUUACAAGAGGUGUUCGUAUAUUUUUACACAUAUGAGUGGAAUCAACUUGGGAUCAGGAUAGCAUCUAGGGUGUUUUAUUUUUAUUACUCAGUCUCCAGGUAAACUAUUGGCCAUGGUGUUCUCUUAGCAGUUGCAUUCAAGAGGGGAAGAAUCUAGGACACCGAGUAUUAUUCUUACUCUCUUUAUGACAUAUUUUGUCCUUGUGAGCUGAGUUUAGAGCCUGAAAUGGAAUGGAAUGCCUUAUCCCCCUCAAAUUAGCGUUCUUGGAUAUAGCUGCCAUAUAGCUGUCGUGAGCAGAUGGUAUGUGAAUGAUCUAGUCUCAAUUGGGUAACUACCAGUUAAAAGGAAAUGACUAAUUGAACUUCAAAGAACAAGUUGUCCUGCUCGCUGCAGUCAAAAUAUGUGACAGAAAUCAGAUUUGUGCCUCAAAUUUUUUAUCUGAAGAUUGCUUCGGAAGUACAUAACCUUUCUGUUGGCGUAGGCAGCGUGCUCUAAUUUCAUUAACUCAGGAAGCAGUGAGGAAAAGCAUAUAACUAACAGGGCUUGGGGUGCGUGACUCUGGAUUUUCUUUUUAGGAUAAGGAAUAUGAUUUUGAAUUGCUGUAUCUUAACCAUAGGGAGAUUUCUUUUUGUGGCCUACGUAAUCGCUUCAUUCUGCCCACAGUGGCAGAUGGAAUAGUUAAGUAGACAUGAUACUAUCAAGUAUGUGAUAAUUAGAUGUUUCUCUAUAAAGAAUGUGGUAGUUUUCUUUUUAGAUGUCACUAUCACGGCACGGGGACACCAGCUUUUUAAAAGCAGUAUCUAAUGGGCUAAAUAUGUUAUUGUACUUAUAAGCAGAUCUACCUCCCUGCUGGUUUUCUGGAGCCUGACCGAAACCUCAGUGUUUAGGUUCUUUUUAGAAACCCUAAAGAGGUGUAGGUGGGUGUUUGGAAGCUGUGAUUAUUUUUUGUUAAAUUGCUGCUGGUUUUCUAUGCUUUACGCUGUUGUAAGCCAUGUUGACUACAGUGGUACCUCAGGUUACAUACGCUUCAGGUUACAGACUUUGCUAACCCAGAAAUAGUACCUUGGGUUAAGAACUUUGCUUCAGGAUGAGAACAGAAAUAAUGCUGCGGCAGUAGCGGGAGGCCCCAUUAGCUAAAGUGGUGCUUCAGGUUAAGAACAGUUUCAGGCUAAGAACAGACCUCCGGAACGAAUUAAGUACUCAACCCGAGGUACCACUGUAUUUUCUACAAAAAGAUGGGAUGUAAACGUUUCAAUUUAUUACUUUAUUAACAACAUUUAUUAACAACAAUAGCACCGCUCUCUGGGCACCUUAAAGUACCGGAAAAAAAUUAAAAUAUUUCAACCAGCCACAAAUAAAUAAAAUUGCAUAUUUAAACAGAAUGUAAUAGAUUUUAAAAAAUAAGAGAUUUCGAAAGGUCACAGACACUACAAAGAAGCAGCUGGGCAAGCUUCUCUGGAGGUAGAAUUCCACAACCAGGGUGCUACCACCUCUCCCUAGAAGCCAACUGAUAUGCCUCAAAUGGCAGCGGCACUCAGAAAAGGGCAUUUGAAGAUGUUUUCAGGCUCCAGGUGGUUAGAUAUCAAAGGAGGGGGACUUUAAGGUAACCUAGUACAAGGCUUUAAAUGUCAAAACCAGCAUUUCUGUUGGGCCUAGAAACAAGCAAGCAGCCAGCACAGAUCAUGAAACAGUGGCAUACUGUGUUAAAAUCAUCCAGCUGCAGUGAACUAGCUAGCAGACUUAUCCUGGAUUUGCUGAAGUUUCCAAACCAUGUUCGAGGGCAAACUCACAUGCAACGCAUUGGAAUAAUGCAGCAAUGUGAAUAAGUGGUUGUUAUGUGAAUCCUUGGUACAUGUAUCAUUUGUGGAGUUUAUUUAAAUACCUUUACAUCACAACAGCUGCACAACUCUUAAGCACCCCAGCUGUCUGAUCUGACAAAAAGGUAAAGGUAAAGGGUUUGUUAUCAACAAACCAAUUCUGACACUUCUCUCCAAAUUUCUGCCCAAUAACAUCUAGUAGCCUCAUGCAUGUUGCACAGAGCAAAGUUGAAGGACCCAUAACAGAAGUCUUGGUGGUUGUUUUUUAAGUGAUGAAUAAUCACCCUGUACCACUCUCUGGAUUUUCAUACAAAGAGUGAGCAUACGCCACCUCAAUUUCAUGGUAUCUCAGACUAAAGUUAAAUUUGCACUUCCCAAACCACCUUGAAGAAAAGCAUUAUUGUCCACAAGCUAGGAAAUAAAUACAUCAUCCCCACAGGCAAAGUUUACGCCUUGUAUUCUCUCAAAGCAGUCUGCGUUUUCUUGGCCCAACAGUUUUACAAAGCAGCAUUAGUGAGACUUUCCCCCUUCUUUUCUCCCAACAGGCCCCCUUGCCAUAUCGGAAAAGACCAGGUGGUUUUCCCUGCAGCAUAGUUAUGGCUGGGACCUAUUUGCUGUUCAAGAGUUUAAAGCCCGUGGAAUUACUUGCAUUACUUAGAUCCUGGUCAAUAUUAGCAUUAAACAGUGUUGAAGAGAAAUUGUUGGGAGUUUUAUAUCUUGGAAAACAAAUAUGUGUUAGCAAACUGUAUAGAAUGCAUGCUUUAUUCAGUUAAAGUUCUGGGUUACCUUCUAAUUUUUAUUUUUAUUUUCACCUCUAGGUGUAUGAUUGCAGAUGAGGUAAGUGGCUCUUUAGCCAUUCAGUCUAUUCUGUAACUGCUUACUUUGGAUUAAACUAGUGUGCAACUGUGCAUAUAUUUUUUCUAUAACCUAUGUAGAUAUUUGUAAAUCUCUUUGAAAUGAUUCAUGGGGAGCAAUUCGUAAAUAAUAAAAUAAUGUGUACUUAAAAGAUUAAUUAAAAGGAUAAUUUCCCCAUACAGAUACUUGGUGCAAAUGUAAACUUUAAAGUAGUGACAAUCAAAAUGGGACUUACUAAUCAACUUAUUGAAAAUGUGGAACAAUGAAGUCAACCUCAAGUAAUAUGUUUUCAUAGACUGAAGUGCCUCUCAGUUUUGCUGAGAGGUGAAUUUGAUAUUCAGCGAAUAUUUUUCAGUGAGUUAGAUGUAGAAAAGUGUAGCUAAACACUGCUUACACAAUGUGACCUGUUCACCACUCACUCCAUCCUCUUGCCCCCACCCCCAGUCCUUGGGAAAGUGCCUGUAACAGCCAGGAAUGGAGUGUGAGGGCAUCAGCUAUAAUGGGAGAGGUGAACUGGGCAGCCUUGCACAAACCUAAGUGCCUUCCCCUUACGAAAGGGAACUCCAAAUCUUAGCCUAUGCCAUGCUAUCUAAAUAGCCAUAAUGCUAGCAUUAUCGUUCUUCAAACUGUGUGUAUGUGUGAAAGAAAGAUUUCUUAGUAAGUAACUUUAGAACUGAGUUGGGACAAACAAUAACCUUACCUCCUGAUUUUAAUUACCAGUGUUCGUUGUUAGUUCAAGGUAACUGCCCCUUUAAUUGAAAACUCCAACUGAAUGGCGAAAUGCUCAUGAAUUUAUUCAUUUUCAGUCAAUUACCACCUUCACGAUUACAUUACUUUUUAAUUUGAGAGAAGCAAAUGUCUCAGUGUGAAGAAGCAACAUAACAAAGGGUAGCUAUUUAAGACUACAGUCAUAAGCACAUUUCAGGAAAGCAAGUUUCCUUAAAGUCAGUGGGUUAUAUUUGUAAGGCAGGCUGCAAUCUUCUGCAUACUUACCUGGACACAAUGGAAACAGACAUAGAAUUGGGCUAUCUUCAGUAUAUUAAUACUCAAAACGUACAAGUUUAUUCUUGUAUGUGUUAUGAAGAAAUGAUGAUAAAUUCACAUAAACAAGUGUUGAGUUGAACCCGAAGAUAAUGUGCUGGUUGCUGCUGAAACAUUAUCUGUAUACGAAUAUAAUGCAAUUUACUAUUUGGUGGAAUGAAUUCCAAAACUGCAACUCUUUACUCAAAUUGUCCUUUGGAUUUCAAAGACAUAAUUUUUAAUGAUGGAAUUUAUAAGAUGAAGAUGAAGUCAGAUUAACUUUAAACUAGCUUGUACACUUAAGAUUUCCCUAGAUGGUAAGGGUAGACAGCCCACAGAAUCAGGAGAGAUUUAUUUAUUUAAAGUACUUCUUAACUGCCCUUCAUCGUACAAACGUGAAUAAAAACUAGUUCAUAUGCAACAAAUAUAGAUACAGUUGUACCUUGGCUCCCAAACGCCUUGGGAGUCUAACAUUUUGGCUCCUGAACGAACCAAAACCGGAAGUGAGUGUUCCAGUUUUUGAACAUUUUUCGGAAGCCAAAUGUCUGACGGGGCUUCCAUGUCUUCCAAUUGGCUACAGGAGCUUCCUGCAACCGAUCAGAAGCCAUGCUUUGGAAGUCAAACAUUUCGGAAUUUGAACGUUUCGGAUGUCGAACGGAAUUCCGGAACGGAUUCUGUUCGACUUCCAAGGUAUUACUGUACAGUUUUAAAACAAAGUUUUUUUAAAAAAAGACAAGAGCUAAUGCUGCAAAAUCUAAAAAGCAGGAUAGGGCAAACAAAAUCAUCUGUGAUCUAAAAUACCUGGGCAAUCUGGAAAGUCAUAACCUGACAGGAAAGCUUAUGUUGGCCUCACCUGGUAUGUUUCCUCAGGAAAGUAGCAUGAGAAACUGCCUUAUACCAAGUCAGACCAAUGGUCCAUUUAGUUCAGUAUUGUCUAUAUACUAACUGAUAGCUGCUCUCCAGGGUUUCUGGCAUGGGGCACCCCAGUCCUAACUGAAGAUGCCAGGGAUUGAAACUGCAACCUUCUGAAUGCAAAGCAGAUGCUCUACCACUGUGCCAUGGCCCUUUCUCUUGGCAUGCUAAGGCAGGGUGCCACCACAGAAAAGGCCCUCUCCUUUGUGGAAACAUGUUUUCCUUUACUAAAGAGUGUGUCUGCAGAUCUUAGGGCAGAAGAUCUUAAGACAUAAGCAAGCUGGUAUGGGAAUAAGAAUUUUAUUUCCACAUCCAAGGGACCAUGAUUAUUCUGUGGGUUCAAUGUAAAAAAUCAUGUGAAUUCAAAAUGAUGUGUUUUAGUUCUUCCUGAUCCAUGAAAAAAUAAGGAGUAUAUGAGUAUUGGGGGGGGUGUUUUAUGUGUGUUGCGAGGGAGAAUGAGGUAUAUUUUGUAGGUUUAUAUAUCUGUGGAUAUGUGAGUAUGGGGGCUUUAUGUCUACCCAUCUCCUUCUAAUGUCCUUAACUGAGCAGGUGUUGGAAGUGAUUAUCUUAGUCUCCUCAAAAUGCACUUAAGUUGAGUAAUACAUUUUGGAGGUUCUAAGGUGGCUGCCAUCUGCAAAUGAAAAGUGUAAACAGCUGUUAGGACUUUUUCUAGGUAAACCACUGAUAAGGAUGUUCCCUGCUUUCAUACAAUUAAGCUUUUCUUCUUUUUAUUUCAAUUUGUUGUGACUUAGAUGGGCUUGGGGAAGACGAUUCAAGCAAUAGCUAUAACUUACUACUACAAAAAUGAAUGGCCUCUGUUAAUAGUGGCACCCUCCUCUCUGAGGUACCCUUGGGUUGAUGAGAUGGAGAAAUGGAUCCCAGAACUUUCUCCAGAGGAUAUCGUCAUUAUUCAGAAUAAAACUGACACCUGGUAAGUGGCAUGCUAUCAGUCGCAUUGCUUUGCCAUCCAAACAGUAGCUCUGAAGCACUUAAAAUGGUGUGGUCUUUUUGCUGUACUUACAAAUCUACUUCCAUUGUUAAGAGCGUGCUGGUCUGGUUUGGAUAUCUCACUAAGCCAUGAUUUAGUCCAACAUGCAGAAACUGUAAUGAACCUGAGCAAGCCCUCCUGCCCAUUUCUGGCAUACUUGGAAGGAGAACUUUAGCAGCCUUUUGUUUUGCUUCCACUGAAUCUUGGCUUGUUGUUGCUCACACACCAGGCAUUGUGGUUUAGUUUCAAAGCAAAUCAACUUCAAACCAUGCAUUCUGAAGCUGCCUUGUUAAACUAGUCAUUGUGUGAUGUGUGAACACAACUUCUGUGUGUUUGAAUAUCCAUAAGCACUGCUUUACUUCCUUUACUUGUGACAGCUUUUGGUUCGGUAUCUACUAUUAUCCUCUAUAUUAUGAGUGAAGUAUCUCAACUUUCUCUGAUGUUUCUUUUUCUGAAUUAAUUAAUAUAAAUAAAAUACUUUCAAAAGCUCAAACACUUUUGAAAGCAAAACACGUCAGGGUUAAUUGAAGUACAAAACAAGAGCUGUAUUAAAUUCUAUUGCAUAUUUUGCCAGUCUUCUUUUGGCAACCUAAAACUUCUGUGUUGUAUCCAGCAGAGUAAACACAAGCUAGAUAAAUAUAAAUUAACGGAAUUCAGCUAGUUUGCCAUUUACCUUUACAGCAAUCCAUUUAUAACUUGAUGAAUGUAUGUUUUGCUCUCUCCUUUUUCCUAGGAGAAUACCUACAAGCAAAGUCACUGUUCUGGGUUAUGGCUUACUAACUUCAGAUGCAAAGACUUUAACAGAAGCUCUGUACAAACAGAAUUUCAAAGUGGUGGUAGUUGAUGAAUCGCACUACAUGAAAUCCAGAAAUGCAUCUCGCAGCAACAUUUUGUUACCUAUUGUACAGAAUGCCACUCGGGCCAUUCUCCUCACUGGAACUCCUGCGUUGGGAAGACCUGAAGAGGUGCUGAAUAUCACUAUGUGAUGCCUGGUUCACAUAUCACAGCCAAGCCAUGCUGGUCCACUGGGAAUAUACUUUGAGCGUGUGUCUUCUAUUCCCCUUGCACUGGGUUCCUUAUCUCACUUUAUGGUAACCCUAAGUUGCCAUGAUGUCUGCUUUCCAAUUACAUGGUUUGCAGCAUCCAUAGUUAGUCUGAUUAGGAUGACUCGGCAAACUGUAGGGGCCACAAACCAAACCAGGAAUAGGGGACAAGAAAUUGGAAAAAAAGGAAGGGGAGGUAACACAGGCAUCCAAAGCACAUUCCUGACUUGCUAUGACAUCUGAACUGGGCAUAAAAGUGAAAUAAUUUUAUUUAUUUUAUUUAACAUAUAUAUAUAGAGAGAGAGCACUUAAUCAUCAAAACAUCUAAGCAGCUUACAAAAUAGUAUAAAAUAUGUAUUAUGAAUACAAAUAAAAUAUACAUAGUUUCUUCCUUUAUAUUGUACAGUGUAAUUCAGAUUAUUCUAUAGUUUAAUACAUCUUUUGUACUGCUUACCAUAAGGAUUUGUGCAGAGCACAUUUUUAGAACUAUGGGUAUGACACACUUGGGCUGGAGUAGAUGAGCAUAAUUCCCUCUCAGUAGAGAAAUGGUGGACUAUUGCUGUGGUAGAAAGCAUUUAAGACUACAUAAGCAGUAAGGUGAUAAAACAAGACACCAUUUUAUUGAAUUUGAAAAAAAACAACCAUUUGGUAUAAGCUGUUAGACAAUUCCUAGACUAUGCAGCUGUAGCCAGGGCAAGGCAUCUAAUUUUGUGCUGGUGAUGUCAGAGGGGCUACUUGGAAGUUGCCCAUGACUGUGAUGCAAUUUUCGGAAUGGUGCUGGUUAUGCUCAUAGAAGCAGAAUGAGUGUCUUUCAGAUUUUGAGAAAAUGGUCAUCUUAAUAAUGUCCGCUUACAAUGGUUUUUACAGCUUUUCAUGCAACUUGAAGCGAUUUGCCCACAAAAAUUUGGCACAUGGACUGAAUAUGCAAAAAAGUAUUGCGACGCGCAUUUCAGGUACUAGUAUUUCAGCACCUUUUACUUCCCUAUUGAUGUUUGUUUUUCCCCUCUUGAUCAUUUUACUGAUUUAAUUGCUUGGGAUUGUGAUGGACAACCUUUUUCUGUAGAGGCUCUAAAUCUUCAAGAAGUAAACUUUCAGGGACUAUGUAACUGUGGUUGAUUGGGCAAACCCCUUUUCUCUCCUUCUGCCUCUCCCCCUUUCCUCGUCUUCUCCCCUUUCUAACUGCAAGAAACUGGGCUGAGCUGUGGUUUAAGAUUUCAUGUCUGGGUUCUAUAUUCUUCAUGGGCUGGAUUCAACUAACCCAUUGUGUGAGCAGAAGCCAGCGAAAGGACUCUCACUAGUGCAUCAGUGUUCCCACCACCACCACCACAUGGCCCCUGAACUUCCCCCAAAUCCAUUCUGAAACCAGAACAGUAGGUGGAGGGGAGGAGAAGGGAGAUAGUUCCAUCUGGCAAGCAAAAAUCUUUGUGUCUCCUUAGCACUACUUUGAAUACUAUCCCAAGGUUUUAUUUAUGAACUGUCCAGAUAGCUUGUUGUUAAUGGGUGGUGCAGUAAUCUUACAAGUAAGGGGAAUAAUAAUAAUAAUAAUAAUAAUAAUAAUAAUAAUUUAUUAUUUGUACCCCGCCCAUCUGGCUGGGUCUCCCAGCCACUCUGGGCGGCUUCCACAGAAACCAAAAAUACAGUAAAAUCACACAUUAAAAACUUCCCUGAACAGGGAAUUAAUAGCUCACCAUUUUCUGGGUUAGGAUGCAUUAUAGGCUCAAGGUUUUUUUGCAUGCACACCAAAUCUUUCCCCAUGUUUCUUCAUGCUGAGUCUCACAUUGGGGGGUCCCCUUGUGAGGCUGUUUAAGGUGCUGGUUUUGACCUUUAAAGCCCUAUGCGGCCUAGGACCCACAUACCUACAGGACCACCUCUCCUGGUAUGUCCCACGGAGGACCUUAAGGUCCACAAAUGACAACACCUUGGAGGUCCCAAGUCGCAAGGUGGUUAGAUUGGUCACCACUAGGGCCAGGGCCUUUUCAGUACUGGCCCCGACUUGGUGGAACACUCUGUCACAAGAGACUAGGGCCCUGCGGAACUUGACAUCUUUCCGCAGGGCCUGCAAGACAGAGCUGUUCCGCUUGGCCUUUGGUUUGGACUCAGUCUGACCCUUAUGUCUUCCCUCCCCUUACGGUUUUGAUCUAUGGGCUACUUUUAAAAUGAGAUUGCAUUUUAACCUGUAUUUUAAAUUGGGUCCCCCCCCAUUAUGCUUCUAUUGUAAUUUUACUGGUGUUAGCCGCCCUGAGCCCAGCUCUGGACGGGGAGGGCGGGGUAUAAAUUAUUAUUAUUAUUAUUAUUAUUAUUAUUAUUAUUAGGAAUGUUUUGCUUAUGACAGGACUGAGAAACUCCAUGAGUGCAUUUUGGCUUGCCACACAGAAUGACUCCCCCCGCCCACCCAAACAUGCUCUUCCAAUCCCGUUAGGGCCAAUUUGUUGGGGCGGGGUGGAGGGCAGGGAAGGCCCUGUUGCACAAGAGGAAGGUUUUGCUCAGGGUUUCCACUGACAGGACCAAUUAGUUGAACCCUCUUCUCUUGAACCAGCUUUGGCUUUGCUACAAGAACUGAAUCCACACACAAAAAGGAACACAUAAUUUGUUUCAAACGUCAUACUAUCAUUUUGUUACCUAAUUUAUGAAGGAAUUUGGUUCAGCAUGUUUAGGGAAGUUUUUAAUGUUUUAUCGUGUUUUUAGUCUGUUGGGAGUCGCCCAGAGCGGCUGGGGUAUAAAUAAUAAAUUAUUAUUACUACUACUAAAUUUUGUGUUUCUGCAACUUGAUUAAGAGAUCAGCAACAUUGUGGCUGCAACAGACCACUGAGAUACUCCUUUAUAUGGUUUGCUCUUUUUGCAGAGGUGUGGACUGCUGAUCAAAUAGACUUGUGUGCUUCUUCUUUGUAAAAUCAAAUGCUAACUAAUGUUGAUUUAAAUUAAGUGUCCUAUUUUUCACUGCUCUUUAAUUGCUCCAGAUUCUUUGGUAAAAGACGACAGUGGGACUGCAGAGGAGCCUCAAAUUUAGAUGAACUGCACCAGUUGCUAAGUGAUAUAAUGAUUAGGCGUCUGAAAAAUGAAGUUUUAACUCAGUUGCCGCCUAAAAUCAGACAACGGAUUUUUUUUUAUCUUCCCCAAACUGCUGCUACGGUAAACCAGUGUACUAUUAGCUGUGUGAUGGUGGUGAUUCAUUUUUAUGGUUUUAAGUGUUGUGUGUAGUAUACACACAGAAUUACCUCGCUCUGAAAACUCUCGUUGUGUGACUUGACUACAUUUUUUUAGCAGUUCUAUUCAGUGCGACCCUAUUCAAGAACCUCAGCCUGUGUGGUUAAAAAAUUAGGUUCGCCCAAGUAUAUAACUCAAUGAUUUCAGUGUCUCCCUGACAACUUUAAUAAAACUUAGUACAGCUGAACUCUUAGGAACUUAACAGUACCUUUUAGAAGUAGCGUUUAACCUCUCUUUCAGCGAUUACUCUUUCAGCGGUUACUGAAAGAAGCGGUAACCAAUAACUCCUAUGAAAACAGUAUCACUUUUUGCUAGUGGUGAUAUUCAGUUAUCUAUUAAAACAGGGUUUAGAAGUCUUGUUUUGCAUUUACUGCCAUAAUUCUAGGAGAACACUCUCUUCCUGCCUCGAACUUUUGUUUGAAUACUUUAGCAAAUUGGAAAGCAUACUUUUAUACACAGUUAAGUCCCAGUAUGAACUUUGUGUAAGAUUUAGUAGUAAUGGGCACUGUCCAGGUAACCAUGGGUGGCGUCCAGUGCAGGGCUAAGUGGGAAAUGUACAUGAGGACUGAGAUCCACUUACAUAAUGGGACUUCUCUCCAUACCCGCCUCCCCCUCCCACUGCACCUGUUCUGGGGGUUCCUUCAACCCCGCAGAGCAGAUUUAGGGGCCUGGGGAGGAGGGAAGAGAGGGCGGGAAAGUCCUUCUGUGCAAGCAGACCUUGUUCCACACACAACAACAACAAGAACAACAACUUAGUUGAAUACUGCCGCAUGGAACUGAUGCAUGCUCAGUGCAGCUUUCAACACAUUUUAAGAACCAAGAAUCCCACUGGGUAAUUUCAGAGGUACUUUGAGACACGGCACAAGGAGAAUUCAUGGUCUUCUCACUUGGUGCCAACAGCUACUAAAGUCAGAGUUUAUUCAUUUAAAAUAGCGUUAUGACUAAUGGUCUGAAACAAUGACAAUUGCUGUAUUUUAAAUAAGUAGCACAAUAAGUUGCACCGAAUUAAUAAGCACAACAGUGAAAUGUUUCGUUAUGUUUGCAAAGGCAUUAAAGCAAGGUGCUGUAAAAGUAUAGCCCUGAGACCAAUGUGCUUCACUGUUUUUUAUUUCUUCACCAGCUUUCAGUUCUUUUUGAGCCUUGAAGAAGGGGUGUUUUUAGCCAUUGAUAUAUGACUGAAACAGAAUGAGCUGUAAAUUCUUUUUAUUUUGAUAUUUUUGUCCCGAGCUUGUCUUAGGCUUCUAUUCUUGGCAGCAACAUGUGACUGACCUACCUCUGCACUAGCAUUCCUCUGAAGAAGCUGGCAUCUUUAGGGACUGUUGUUUUUCUCUUUUCUUCUUGGUAGCAAAAGUAGGGCAUGAUUCAGAGAAACAGUAAUUGUUUUGCCCUUUCACAUUUUUUGCCUCUAAAUAUUGCCAUUCCCUCCUGUGCAGGAAUUAAAUGCUAGCUUUGAAGAGUGGGAGAAAUUAAUGAGAGCUUCAAAUUUAGAUUCUGCGGAAAGUGACUUUUUCCAGGUGAUGAGCCUAAUUACAAGCAUGUUCAAGCAGACUGCCAUUGCCAAGGUAAUCUUGACCUGUCUUGCCAUUUUUAACAUUUAUUUAAAGAAUUGUACUGCCUUUUCCUAUAUACACAAAUUUGUCAGUCCAUUUGUUAGAUUGUCUCUUCCUGUAUUUUCCUGAAAAUUAUAGCAGCCCAGUAUAAAGUGAUUUUUUUGUCACUGUAUUUUGUCUUGUAUCAAACUAUCAUGGCAGGCAUGGGGGGUGAACCUCAGGCUCAGGGCCCAAAUUUGACCCUCCAGCCAUCUCUGUCUGGCCCUCAGAGCUCUCUCUAGGCCCCACUCCUCACCAGCUGUGCUUUUCACCCUCCUUGCAUACUUUCCUUGUCUGGAAUGUGUCCUGGAAUGGUGAGGGAGCCUCUCGCUUGCCUGUAUAGAGACGUCUGGCUUCUGUGAGGCAGCAGUGUAGCCCACUGUACAGCGGAAAGGUUUGCAUCCAUUGCUCUGGCCAGCUGUUGCCUCUGGACUAGCUUGCCACUGGCCCAUGGCCCAUGAGGGAAUGAGUCCCUCAGAGUGAAAGAAGUAUGGUUUUGAAUAGCGUGCGGGAUCCAAAGACACCCUUUGGUGAACAGAAUUCCUUCCAUUUUUGGAAGGGGCUCUGAUGUAUCAGGGCUUCUUCUGCAAAUGGAAGUGCAAGAUCAUUUUUGCAGAUUUUCCCUGCAGGCUGUGCACCACCUCCCACGCUGUUUCAGCGUUUUCCCCCAAAUGAAGGGCUGCAGGAGCUAUUAGCAAAAACAAUCAAACCCCUCUCUCCCACCUUUCCCCACUUCCAUUCAUGGAAGCCUACACUGGGUCACACAGGUCAUCUGAGAACAGAAGGACCUUGGUUCCUACCUAUUGUCGUAAAGUAUCUCUGAAUUAAUGAGCAGUAUCCAGUUACACUGAAGAUAAACUCUUGUCUCUAAUUUGAGAAUACAGGUUCAGGCUUUAGAUAAGACAAGGCCACACUUUUAACUUUGUCUUUCAACUUAGUAGACAGUGUUCAUGUUUUAAUUAUCUCACUUGGCACUGUCUUUAGCUGCAAAUUUAUUUUCAGUGCCAAGUUGCGUUCCUGACUGCUUUUUAAGGGGCAGGCAGUAUGUAACACAGUGUACUUGUAGUAAUAACACUUUGUGCUGAUUCCAGAGAACUGUAGUAGUGGCUCACUUACAGUCCUCCUCUGUGCUUCAGCUCUCAUUAUCCCCAAUAGAAGUGCCAUCUUCUAAAAAAUAACAUAGAGGGGGCCCAACACAAUGUCCUGAUGUCACACACGCAACAUUGCACGAUGUCCUGAUGUCGCUCUGCAUUUGCUUUGAACAGUAGGGGGUCCUGGCCCACUCAAAACAAUGAGGGAGGCUUGGCCCCCAGGAGUUGGCGUGCAUGAUUCCCACAAAACCAAUCCUGAAGGUCAGGCAUCCUCAGGAAUAGAAUGGGAUGUGGCCCAGCUGAUAAGAGCUGGGAUUCAGCAGAAAUAGUUAUCCCCUUUGGACAAGCAGAAGUGUCUUUCCAUUCUCACAGUCUGCCUUCAGAUACAACCCUUAGUGGAUCUACACUGAUGAUGAUGAUGUGCCAGUAAGAUAUAUCUGUAAGAUAACGUGAUGCAUAGAUUGGCUUUUUGUUUGCUUGGCACACUUCAGAUAAUGGAUAUUGUUCAAACCGAGAGAGGAAAUUAACCUUGUAUGCUAAUGUAGUUUUCUCUUUUACAUCAAGACAAAUUACUUUGUUUUAUCCUUUUAACUGUUUUAUUACAACAAAAUUCCAAGGUUCUUUGUAUGUUUUAGGCAGGAGCAGUAAAGGAUUACAUCAAAAUGCUGCUUCAGAAUGACAAACUGAAGUUUCUAGUCUUUGCUCAUCACUUAAGCAUGCUUCAGGCAUGUACAGAGGCAGUGAUAGAAAGCAAGGUAAGCGUGGCUUAUUUUCUUCCACUGCUUUUUAAGGAUCUUACUAUCGAGCUCUAAACCCGUACGCAUUCUUUUUGGUGCUUGCUUUAAAAAAUGCUUGCUUUUUUAAAAGUCUGCGUUUGUCGCAUCUUGGCUGUUCAUAUGCAAAGACAAGGAUUUCCUUUAACUUCGGGUAAUGCUUUGGUUUUCUUACUUCACAGGUUCGAUAUAUUCGAAUAGAUGGAAGCGUACCUUCAGCAGAAAGAAUCAGCCUUGUCAAUCAGUUUCAGAAGGACCCAGAUACUAGGGUGGCCAUUUUGAGCAUUCUGGCUGCUGGCCAGGUAAGGACUAACAAUAUACAGGAUACAACUUGUGAGUUACUGCUUAUGGCAUUUGAACUGUUAAUCUGUAUUGCCACUGACUUCUUUUUUUAAAACCCUAUGGGGCACACUGUAAGGCAAAGAGCUUGGUCAGUGAAUUGACAGGUGUCACAGAGACCACUUUGUGUGUGAGAAAUUCCAGAUGAAACUGCUGAAUUAAAGCACUAUGUAGAGUUGUACAGUAAUAUCACCUCUGGUCAUUAUGCUGAUGUUACGCAACAGUUUGGGGGGCGGGUCAUGAUCCUGCAGCAAUUAAUUUAGCAAAUCUGUAUAACUAAGGAAAAAGUUAACUAGUUUCUCCCAUAGCCUAACCCUGAACAAUAACCCGUUCCUAUGUUUCGUUAUGGUAUUGUUUCUCACUCUAUCAGCAUAGGUCAAAGGAGUUCCUUAAAUGUAGUAUCUCAUGACCAGCUCUUCAGUAUAUACCCAUAGACAUAAGAAUUUUAAGAUACGGUAUGGGAAAUACACGAACAUUCCUAUUCUGUUCCCUCAAAAGUCAGUUUCAGCAUUCAGGCCUAUAUUUAACGAAAUGGUUAUAUAGUUCCCAACAGCUUGUUUGCUUUUCCCAGCUUGGUCUCUGCAGUGGACAGUAGUCUGUUGUAACAUGGCUGCCACCACAAUAAAAGUACAAAUGCAUUGUCCCCACACAUGUCUGCGAACUAAUUUUCUGUGUUCAGGGGAAUAAACCCGUAUGGAACCCACAUGACUGGGGGGAAUUUAGCUCAAGCAUAAGAGGGACUGUCCCUGCUGUGGCCCUGGCUCUCUUGUGCCAGGUGACAGGCUGCUGUGAGUCUGGCACAGCUGGCCCAGAAACGAGUGCAUUUACAAAAAAAUAUACAUGCUUAAUUUAAGGACGUCAGUCUAAGUAGCAGGGUGCCUGCAUGAGGUACUCAGGGUGGAGCAACUGAGAUAAGAGGAUUUCCAGAAGCCGGUUUUAUUGAUCAUAGAAUCAUAGAGUUGGAAGAGACCACAAGGGCCAUCGAGUCCAACCCCCUGCCAAGCAGGAAAGGUAGAUACAAAAGAAAAAUCCAUGAUUACUACUGAAAGCUGUUGAGAGGAGAAGGGAGAAGUUCAGAGGAGGGAUGAGAAGUGAGAUGGCAGUGAGCCCAAACAGUGAUGGUUUGGCAUUUGCAGGGAAAGGGUGAGUCUGAAAGUGGUGGGAGAUGGCAGGAGAGUAAGCAAGGGUGGGAGGAAGUUACGCCUUUCCUUCCAUAUGAUCUACCUGAAACUUAAAGAGACCUUAGUGUCAGGCUGUGGCAAGGUUUUGCUGGAAGGGAGGAGUGCAAGGUGGGAGGUGGGCCCCAACUUGGGAGUUCCUAAACCCAGGCGGGCAGUGGGAGCCAGCAGUAACUGGAAAUGCAAUUUGUCAUAAUUCCUUAAACCAUGUUGGCUAACCAUUUUCAGACUUAACUGAGCCUUCUGAGCCCAAGGCAUUACGUGAGGACUCUCUGGCAAAAGCAUUAAAUACCUUUCCCUUUAGUCGACUCGGCUUUCCAAGCUGGAGCCUUCAUUUUUGUCUUUAUUUGUAGGGAUUAACCUUUACUGCUGCCACUCAUGUGGUUUUUGCUGAACUAUACUGGGACCCUGGACACAUAAAGCAAGCCGAAGACAGGGCGCAUCGGAUUGGACAGUGCAGUUCUGUGAAUAUCCAUUACCUUAUCGCAAAUGGGACGCUGGACCCUCUUAUGUGGGGAAUGUUGAAUCGCAAGGUAUGUUUUCGCACUCAUUGGCAGACCUCACUGUCCAAAGCACUGCUCUAAGAUACCGACUGUAAUAUCUUCCUUACAUUGUGAGUGUAAUAUCUUCCUUACAUACACCUAACAACCCUAUUUUCUAGAUUGUCCCCUACCCUAAUUCCUCCUUCCCUAGUCACUUCAUAUGACGUUUGGUUCUUGGGAGGAGGCAUGAACUCUGUAUCCGAAGAAAAGGUCAAUAAAUGAUAGAAUUUAAAAUUCCUUUGGCUACAGAAUUAAACAGAGUUUGUGUGUAUUUUUUAAGCAGGUUUUUAAAAAACAAACGAACAGGUAAGACAGUUGAGAAUGUCCUGUUAAUAAAGUUUGUGUGUUUAUAAAGCAUUAGUACCAAAGCUAAAACUUCCUCAAAACCAUUUUAGGUCUAAAUAUAUUGGGUAGCAUGUGGGAAGUAAAGCCAAAAAUCUAGCUUUGAUGACUAAAAGGUGAAUUUGAAAACAAGAUGAACUGAACCAUUAAGAAGAAUAUAAGACUGACAAGUAGUUUUGUAUCCGUAAACCUGUCUCAGAGAAGGCAGAGAAGACACAUGACACUUCUUAGAGGUACCCCGGCCUCUUAAGCGAGAUGGGCGCGCAACCCCAGAGUCGCACACGACUGGCCCGUACGCGCAGGGGUACCUUUACCUUUCUAUGCAUAUACUUCUGAAGUGGUUCAGUUUUAAAACCACCAUAUAAAUAUCACCACUAAAACACAGAGCCAGUGAUGCUUUCUAAAAUUCACUUUACAAAAGCCCAUUUCAACAAGUCAGCAACAGAUAUUAUCUAUAGCCUGUGCUCCCCUUUGAUCUGUUUAUGACUGACAGAAGGACUUCUAAAGCACAGUGUCUGGAAGCCUUCUAAAACCUGGAAAGUGAGCUAGUCCUGCUGGUCCUUCUUGUGUACAGAGCACCAUAAAUACUGGGAAGGCUGUCGGCCUUGUAGCCAUCUGCCCUGUACUUCAGAUGGAAGAGAAAUCCAUAACAGGAUUCCCUCAGGUAAACUUAAAGCAGGUGUGGGGAACCUUUGACCCUCCAGAUGUUGCUCAACUACUUGGCCAUGGACAACGCCCAUUGCCCCCAAGCAAGCAUGGCCAAUGGCAAUAAGAUAAAUGGUAGUAAAUAAUAAAAUGCUAUUUAUUUUAAGACAUGUUAUUUGUUGUAAUACACUUUUUUUAGUCUACAUAACCAGGGGGCAUAGGGCAUGCAGUCUGGUUGGAAUCUUCACCUUUGGAAAUGUAAUUGCUUAUUUUAGGUGGUUGAUGAUGAACCAAAUGGGUUGGGUAGCAACCCUUGUCAUGUGACGGAGGCAGGAGAGCAAAGGACUCUGGGAGGCAGGCUCAGUCCCCUCAGUUAUUUUCUCUGAUGGAACAGAUCAUUUCUCAAUUGCUUUUUUCCGUCCAGAAGUAGAAUUAAUUUUGCUUCUGAGACAAAGGGGCUGCCUACUGCUGCCCCUGCUCUGGCAUUAGAAGAGGCUUAGCAAGUUCAUUGGUUUGGGGUAGGAAAGAAUAGUUUCUGGACUCCACAACUACUAUGCCCCAGCCCUAUGCACCACCCUAGACAAGCAUGGGCUGAAGUUAUGUUGUCAAGUGUGAAACCGUUUUUAAUCUUUCUGCCUGCAGGCCAAUGUUACUGGGACCGCACUAAAUGGCAAGAAAGAAAAACUGCAGGCGCAAGAAGGUGACAAAGAGAAGUGGAAUUUCUUGAAUUUUGCUGAAGCAUGGAUCCCAAAUGAAAACCUAAAUGAGUUAAAGAAUGAAGUUUUAUUCACUCAUGUAAGUACAAAAAGAGAUCAUGUGUGGUGCUUAACAUGUUCAUGUAUUUCUGAAGUCUGGGCAUUCACAUAGAAGUAAUAUGAAUUGCCAUUUUGCCAGGACUACAUACUUAUACUUCCUGCUUUGGUUUGCAGGCAUGUUAGUACCUGAGAUUCACAGGACAUCCUAUAUGUACCUAUAUUCUCUUGUUGUUGGACAAGUCUGGGUUGCUUUGCAAUUUGAUUUUUUAAAAAAAUCUAAAAACAAAUUGGACAAUUUAAACUUUUAUUAGCUGUAUUCAAAUAGUCUGUCCAUCUUUAUUCUGUUCAAAUGACCCGAAACCAUGGAACCCACCUGGGACUUUCAUUGCCAAUAAGCAGUUUCACGUCUUAUUGAUUAUAACAGAAAUGUUUAUACAUGCAUACACAUACCCUUCAUUUUAGUUUAAUUGCAGCCAUUUAUUUGCUUAUUUUGCGCCUGAACGUAUGUCAGUCUGUAUGGAUACUAUCCAAUUGGUACCCGUGCACUUGUCAAAAUGCUUUUGAUCUGGCAGAGACAUCUGCUAAUACAGUAUAGAUAUUGCCGAUGUGGCACCAUCAUAAGCUUCAACUAUCCCCCGGUGUCUACAAAGCCUUGGAGACCCACCACCCCCUUUUUCUCCCUUGCAAAAUACAAAACGCUGAAGGAGGAAUUAGAAAAUGGUGCUCUUUCCCACUUCCUGUUUGAACUCUAUGCCUUUCAAGGCUCAGAUUAAUCAUACUGGGUCUGGCUUUUACACAAAUCUUUGGAAAAGUGAAGUGUAUUUGUGUGUGCCCUUUCUUUCUUUCUUUCUUUCUUUCUUUCUUUCUUUCUUUUUCUCUCUCUUUGUCUGAAAGGAGCUGAUCUGUGGGAGGGAGGGAGAAUUGAGUACAUGAAUCAGAACUGAGUACAUGAAUCAGAUCACUUCCAUGGAUGCUAGGGCACCAAUUAGAGAUACAUAAGCGCACAAAAUAGUAAUUUCAAGAUCACUGCCACAGUCAUACUUAGUGUGGCAGUCAAUUAAGUUUUACUUAGAGUAUAGACCCAUUGAAAUUAAUGACUGUGACUAAGUUAAGUUCAUUAUUUAUUUUUAUGUACUUAUUUAUUAAAUUUACAUUCUGCUAUUCGUCCGAGGAUCCCAGGGCACAGUAUAAAAACACAAAAAAAUACAUAACACAGUAGCAAACAAAGCAAUAAAAAAACCCAUACACAGACUGUUUAAAAAGCCAAGGAUUGUUUAAUUAGUCUAAAGCCUAGGAAAUGAGGGAUGUUCUCACCUGGUGCCUAAAGAUAGGUAAUGAAGGUGCCAGGAGAGCUGCCCUAGGGAGAGAAUUCCACAAAUGAGGAGCCCCCACGGAAAAGGCCUGUCCUCAUAUUGCCACCCUCCAGAUUCCUCAUGGAGGGGGCAAAUAAUGGCCUCUGAUGAUCACAAGGUCCAGGUUGGUUCAUAUGGAGAGAAAUGGUCCCUUGAGGUAUUAACUUCAUUCAUUUCAGCAGGUCUAUUCUCAGUAAAACUUAGCUGAAUACCGCCCUUCAUAAUUUUUUGUAGUAAAGAAAAUUUGCUUGAUUCACUUGUGAAAUGUUGCUUCUGAUCUCUGCUUCGUAAUACAGCUGCCUACCAAAAUAAUUUGGUGAGUGGUUGUAUGAGUGCUUGGAAGUUGUUCCUUCAGUUUAUAUCAGCUAUUGUAAUUUGAUUCCAAAAUCUCAUCAACAGUUUGUGAACUGACUAGGAGUUUGCUAUAACUUCUGUGUGAAUACAUUAAUUUCAUACUUUUUAGGGUUGUUGGUUUUUUUUAAAAAAAAAACCUAUGGAUUUAUUAUGGUGCUAACUCACCUGGGAUUUUGCCAGGUCACUGGUUACUACUGUGCAGCAAAUGUAGUGCAUCCUGCUGCCAUUUAUCAGUAUAUCAUACCCGAAAAGGAUCCUCAACAGAUUUGGUACAGCCAAAAUCCACUUCUUCAAGCAGUAGCCUCAUUGUAAAUAUGAAUAAUACCCUUGGAAUGACUGCAGAGCAGGUCACCGCUCUGUGCCAGACUAAUUUGAGUACUCAAUAUGUUGUCUGUAUGAUACAUCAAUUAGCCUGUGGCUUUAUAAGGCAGUUCAGUUAAUCUUAAAUACAGAAAGGCUGCAUGUGCAUACGCUGCAAGAUUGGAGACAUAUAACCUUUUGCUUUAACAUGCAGAAAUGGCUUUGCAGUUGGGUGGUUCAUUUAAGCAUAAUACAAGAAGGGGGAGAUUCGUUCUUAGGUUUCAGGUUCUGAGACCCAAGAUGGCAUGCAAAUCCAAAGCAAUUUAACAUGACUCCAACUGUGUUAUAAUAACCAAAAUGGCAAUUAAAGUUAAUAUGUUUUUGACUGUGUGAUUCCUUUGACCAAGCUGGGAACAUUAAUCAUUUGCAUGCAGUUACAGUAUUGUGAAGAUCUAUUUAGCCUAUGAGUUAAGUAAGAACCGUUUGUAAACUGCAAAAAUAACUCUGGACUUUGGCUGGGAUGGGGAUAUUGGCUACCAUUCUGGAACAGGCACCAUGCCUCUCCUCUCUUCCAGGCAACCACAAUUAGAGAGCCAGUGUGGUGUAGUGGUUAAGAGCGGUAGUCUCGUAAUCUGGGGAACCGGGUUCGCGUCUCCGCUCCUCCACAUGCAGCUGCUGGGUGACCUUGGGCCAGUCACACUUCUUUGAAGUCUCUCAGCCUCACUCACCUCACAGAGUGUUUGUUGUGGGGGAGGAAGGGAAAGGAGAUUGUUAGCCGCUUUGAGACUCCUUAAAGGGAGUGAAAGGCAGGAUAUCAAAUCCAAACUCCUCUUCUUCUUUCACCUUCACCUUGUGUUUAACCAUAGUUUAAUAUGUCAUCCAAGCUAUUAUUCAUCUUAACUGAGGUUUGUUGAAACAAACCAGUUUUAUAAACCAUGGCUGAAAGCUGAUUUAUUCCAAACAAACAAAGUUAUUACAUUUAACCACUGUUUGUCAGGUUAUGAUGACUCGAGAAGCUGUAAUUAAUCCAAAAAUCACACUGAAACCUUCCAAACACCUUGAAGCCAUACCAGAGCAGGUGAAGGGCAACACAAGACCUCAAGCGGGGGUGGGGGGGGAGGAGGCUAGGCUUGUUCCCAUCAUAAUAAACUCAAGGUUGGGAAGCUCAGGCCUCAGGAUUUCUUUACAUGUCCCUCAAGACUCUCAGUAGGCCAUACCUCUCACUGGUCCUGCCCCUCCUCAAGUGGCAAUGUCUCUUACUUGUCUUGGUGGUGGGUGAAAGCUCUGGUUUUUGUGUAGCUAGAAGGUAGUCUACUGUAUAAAGGUAAGCCACAUUUACUGCUCAGGCCACUUUUGCUCCCAUCUACCACUGGCAUGGGCCCCCGGCAUAAUGCAGUCAUUGGGUUGAAAAAGCCUUUCUGCCUUUGCAAUAAGUUUUACUCAGAGUAGACCCAUUGACCUUACGUUUAUUCUAACAAACAAACUAAUGGGUCUAUAAUUGGCAGGGUUUUUCUUAUCACCCUUUUUAUAUAUUGGGACAAUUAUACUCAGCUUCCACCCUUCAGGUAUACGACCUGAGCUGUUAAUGUAUGAAAACAAUUUUGCAAAAAUGGGUGAUCAGAAAUCAGGUCUUAUCUUAUAGAUCUUCAUUGGGAUCAUGUCUUCUCCUGGAGCUUUAUUAGCUAGUUGGCUUGCGAUUAGCCUCUUAAUCUGAUUGGGCGUGACGUCUGGCCAUUCUGGCAGUUCUAAUAACUGAGUAUCGUAAACUUGUGGGGGUGAGUCAGGACAGGGGCCAUAUAUUCCUGUAAAAUAUGUCACCCAAUCCUUUCCUUGGACAGAUGCUUCUAACAAGUAGCCCAGCCCAUUUGUACCUUGGGCAACCAGAUGCCAAAAUUUCCGGAGCUUAUGUUUAUUGAUUUCUGCAUGGCUGCUAUGAGUAAAAUGUAGUUGAAUACCACGCCAAUCCCAUGAUUUUAUCAUGACACCAGGCUUCAACCAUUGGCUUCACUGAAGCAGUUGAAACUGGUGUUGUACCUUGCUGAUUUCCCAUGUAGCAUCCGACUUUCUCAGUAGCAUAAAUCAAAUCAAUAAAAUUAAAAUUCAUAAAUUAAAUUAAUGCAUACCUGCUAAUGUGUCUUUCAUGGGAAGCCAUAUCUUAGCAAGACAGAACAUAAACUUUUUGAGUGUUGCACUGACAGCUUGCCGUAAAUAAUAAACACAACAAUAGGUUAGGAAGUAGUCUAGAAUCCACCAGAUUGGAAUAUUGGUCCUAAUAUUUUCUUGAUAUGUCAAGUUUUUCCACUUAAAAUUUGCUGUAUUAAAAGACUACCUAUUGGGGAAACGCUGCAGUUGGAAAGGUUAAUAAAUUAAGAAAUGGAAGAAUGAGACAAUAGUUUGCAAUGAAAGAGAUGUAAUGGUUGUUUUAUUAUCUGCCCUAGUUUGAAAAGGAAAAGCAGCAUGAUAUUCGUGCCUUCCUUUCACCAAAACCAAAUGCUGAAAAAAAGCGAAAAACUCCGUCUUGUGAUAAGGCUUCAGGCUUCAGUCCAGCUUCUUCUCAAGCCUCCAUUGAAAUGGACCAGGCAAAUGGUGGUUCUUUGGACUCUGAGGAACUCGUUGAGAAGGACUUGCUUUGUAGAGAAGCAAAGAGACCAAGAGCCUUACUGCCAUCAACUCCAAAGAGCUCUCCUGAGAAAAAGAGGAACGCUUCAUUUGGAAAAACAAACCUUCCCAUUACAAAAGAAACCACACAAGAAGGUUUUGGCACACCAGUACCUAAUUCAAGCAAAGGAUGCCCUUCUGAGGCAACCUGGCGCUGCAACCUCUGCACUUUCAAUAAUAAUUCAUUGCUGCCUUAUUGUGAAAUGUGUGAAUCUCCUCGGAGAAAGAACAGUAAGUAAGCCCCGGGCUCCAAUUAAGAUCUCCUUUCUUUCUUGUUUUAAAAAGCCAUUUUUAAAAAUGGCACGAAAGAAUGCUUAAAAAUAUGAAGUAUUUGAGGGGAAACUUGUGACUAUUUGUCUUAAAAUUUUCAGAAAAAGCUUCCAAAAUUUUCACUUUGCCUCUAAAGUAUAACAUGCCAUACAUUCAGUGGCAAUGGGUGCCUCUGAUAUUACCAAGGUGUAAAUGUAAUGCUUUGUAGUAGAAAUUCAAUUUCCAUGGCACCUUACUUUUCCCAGUCCUCUUCAGGAAAUAACACUUCUUUCCACAAGUCCAUGAAACGCAUGUAUUUCAUUACUAUUCUUGGUCAGACAAUGCACUGUAGCUAUCUCACUUAAUUACCUUAUUAGAAGAUGGGUCAUUUUAUUGGGAAUUGACUUCGAAAGGAUAUAUGGCAUUUUAUAUUUAUAAAGGAUACCUAACAUCCCUAAAUCCAAAAUUCAAUUUGUAUAAGGUUUUGUUCAUUUUUUUAAGUUUGGAUUUUAUCUGCAUGUGUUUGCCAUAUGUCCACCUUGUACACAGAGAAGCUCAUUGCCUUCCUACCUCUACCUCUGUUAGAACCUCCCAAACAGGGCUGCCAAAUCUUCCACACUUUACUGUUGCAGCUGCAGAAUUCUCUGUCCCCCAGACUGAAUUUCUUUUUCGGUAUAAGGGCCUGGAUCCAAAGCUCUCCCCUGCCUGCACAGGCAGAAGAGCAUUUCAGCCUGUACAAGAAGACUUCAUGAUGGCUCCCAGUCUCCCUCUUCCUGCUGCAGCCCUUAUCUCAUAGUAUCUCGCAUAUCUAAUUCUUCUCUUGAGGGCCUCAAAUACUCUGGAGCAGGUUUCUGAUGGACUAAAAGUGGGAAAGAGGGGAGAAGGUCUUCAUUUCAGGAAUGAAGCUUGUUUCGCACACAUUUGGAUCAAAGCCAAGGUUGCUGUUCAUGAAGCCUAUGCAGUGUUGUAAAUAAAAAUAUGCCUUUUCCCUUAUGGGGUAUCCAAGAGCCCAAAUAGAGCCCUUACAUAGGUUCCCUAUUGGUAGGAGAAAAUAACAGAGGCCAACCAGAGAAUAUUGAGAAGCAAAGCAGCUAGUAAGCCUGAUCUUUAUUGAUCUGUUGCAACAGGGUGCUCCCCUCACACACAGGAAAGGAGGAGGACCCAGAAAAAUGCUGUGCAAGGGCUUAUAAAGACUUUUGAAAUUCCCAUCCUGUAGAUCAAGACCACCCCCCAGAAACAUCAUACAUACAUCACAGGAGGGGUGUAACCUAAGACCACCCCUCAGAUACAUCACAGAAAAGGUGGUCUUAAAACAGAAAUUUCAAUAUUGUUUUUCUCUUGUCCUUGUUUAUUUCCUGUCUGGCAGGUUACUUGAUUGGAUAGCCUGAGGAGCCUGGCCAGUCUUUUGUAAUGAUAAGGCUCACACCCUUAUUCAAACACAGACAUACCCUUAAGACAGGAUUUGUGAAGGAAAAGACCAUGGGGAGGCUUUUCCAUUUUGACCUUGCAGAGAAAACAUUUGGUCAGUUUAGGAAUCAAAAUGGUUCCAGUUUGGUCUUCCUGUGCAUGUAUGUGCGGUUAUGAACAUUACCAUAUAUCUAAGACCAUAAAAUUCCUAUCACAGCAGUGAGUUGCCAAUCAUGCGGCAGCAGCCAGACAUAAAAGUUUUUUCUGCAUUGGGUGGCUGUAUAGCAUCAUCCUGUCUAAUGCCACUCUGUACUAGGAGGGAAAGAGUCAGCAGGCACGAGCUAUGGCCUGCCUUCUCUAUGGAGAACUGUCUAUAUAAUUGGUUGUGUUGGCAACUCUUCUUUUAAGAGCUAACUAGUGGACUUUGCUAGGAAUGCACUGUAGGCUUUGCUGUUACCUAUCAACCUAUGUGUAAGGGAGGGUUUACUACUGUUUUUGUGGUGUUUGUUUUUUAAACAUGUAUAGGUAUAAAGAACGAAAGCCAGAUCAGCAAUUCUGUUUCUCCGGGGAUUGGGGAAGAAAGCGCAGCCCGAGAGAUUAUAACCCUUAAUGAUACAGGAGGGACAGCCCAUAAAAGUUGCCGGAGAAAUAUCCUAGAGCAACCACUGACUGGGAUGUCCAGUGGAACGAAGGAAGACAUAAAUGAGCAAUCUAACUGUUGUGAGCAAGAGCUCAGAGUGGGUAAGGAAAACUGAUUUCCUUCUGGAGCAUAGCUACCUUGUGGUGAGCAUGUCAUUCUGUGUAUCAACUAACAUUUUAUUGUGUAUUCUCAUGCUCUGGGGAUCAGUACAUGCAGAAUAUUUGCAAGAGCCCCAGAAGUGGUGAUCAAAGGAGGGUAUUCAACUAAGUUUUGUUCAGAGUAGACCCAGUGAUAUUGAUAAAGAUGACUAAGUUAAGUCCAUUAAUUUCAGUAUGUUGAAUACCACCCACAACGCCUUAUAUAUACAUCUCAGAGAUCACGAAUAAUUCUGCACAUGAAAAAAGCCUUGAGAGAGUUCAGAGAUGGUGAAGCAGUUGCUCCCAGUAGAUUUGGGGGUUCUUUACAGAAUUGUGGUUUGUAAUGUAGCAAUUUGGGCAUAUUAUGAACAAAGUUUUUAAUAUGUGCUUCUUUAAGGAAAUUUUUUGUAAACAAGUAAAGCUUACUUAUGUUUAGCAAAGUGAGACAAAGUUAAAAAAAUGUGCCAUGAAACACUCUGCUGUUUAAUAUAGAAAACCAAUCAAGGGUCCAUUUGCCCACACCCAAAGGCCACUGCUGAGACUUGGACCUGGCACAAGUUGCCUCGAGACUCUGCUAUGCCAGUGUUUCAUGUCACACUUCUGUUUGGCACAACUGUCUUACACAAAAGCGAUUAUGCCACGAGAUUGCCAUGCUGCUUCAUAAAAACUAAAGUUCGACACAAACUGGUGGUGGUAGAGGAGUGAGAGCUUUCCUGCUCAUUGGGUAGAGCAUGCCUGUGCUAUAUUGUCUAAUCUGCCCUAAGGAGAAGAAAGGAGAAUGAGUUUUGAUGAAAGUCAUUUCACCUUUAUUUACAGAGCAUACAGAAGACUCGGAAUCAUUCCCAGCAUAUUCUGGCCUGAAGUUCUGUGCAAGUAGGAACACAGACAGAAUUCAUGUCUACACAGUGGUAGGGUGCUGCUGCUGUUGUUUGCUUCAAUCCAACCUGGAAGAUUAUGGAAUGGUUCCUGCCCUUUUCUCCCUUCUGUAGCCUGCUGUUCUCUCCCAAAAGACAUUCCUAAGGACUGAAGGACCCCCUGAAAGGGGAUGCAGCAUGGGAAGUUGUGACAGGAAGGGGGAUUGGCAGUAUUUGCUAUAAAACACAACUCAAAACUGCAUUCCGAAGAACAUGGUAAAGUCUUUGCUGGUUUGAUGCCUUGUUUAUUUGCAGGAGUGGUAUGCGUUGCUUCACGGCUUCCCCUUGCUCCGUGACAAGUUGUAAGCCUGGGGAAUUUUUCAUGAAGCAAGGGGAAGUCAUGAAGUAACGCACCCCGCACCUGCAAAUAAUCGAGGCAUCAAACCAGCAAAAACUUUACCAUAUUCUUUUGAAUGCAGUUUUGAGUUGUGUUUUAUAGGAAGGGGGAUUUGGCAGAAAUCAAAGGGACAACAUGAGAGGAGAGGAUUGGCAGAAAUUGGGGACAUAUCCCAUGAAAGCAAAAUUGCCUUUGCGGUCAUGCUGGUCCCUGUUAGAUCCAAGUCAUUGCAUUCACUGUUGUAUAGGGAGCUUCUGCCCUAACAAUGGGGAAAACACACUACAAAUAACUUGUUUGUUCAUGGCCUGUUGUUGGGUUCUUCUCUCUCUCUCUCUCAGUGUAAUAUAUUUAAUGUGGUUUAAAGUAGGCUUCUUUUCUGUAGAAAUGAAAAAUUAUCAGUACAUCCUAGAGUAGGUUAAAAUAGUCUUAUGCUGUAGGACCAUCUGUCAUUGUCUCAUCAUCUUUGAUGUCAUGGGAUGGUUCAUAAACAUUUCUACUGCUCAGGGCUAAGGUAUCAGCAAACUAGAAUGUUGGCAGUGCAACUGCAGUGAGGCAAAUGAAAGGUCCAUGAAUUUUGUUGUUGGUUUAUUGUAAGAAGCAGUCUGAUGAGUAAUUGAAGAUAAAUUUAUGGUAGGAAAAUCACCAACUUCCUUGAAACCUUCAGAUAACCAAAUACCUUCCUGAUUUAGGAGACUUAAAAACAUUUAUUUGAUCCAUCUAGGAUGGGGAGCCCCUGAAUUGUAACUUCAUUCCGCUGGAUAUAAAAUUGGAUAACUGGGAAGAUUUACCAGCAUGCUUUCAGCAAAAACAGAACCGUUCAUUGGUAAGAUCAAUUGCUGCAGUUAUAAAUAAUGCCCAGGGUGUAUGCUUGCAGUUUUACAUUUAAGUAACAAAAUGUUCUGCUUUGGUGUCAGGUUUUCAAUUAUUAGCUAAGCAUAUACAGAUCUUAAUUGCUUUUUUUAGUGGAAUGUGUUUCUUGGGGGGGAGAGAAUAUCACACUUCCCUUGUCUGUGCAUAUACUCAAGUGCAUAAUUAAAUUGCCCAUCUGCAGAAUUAGGAACUCAAUUCCGUUGUCAGUCAUCAGUCAUUUUUUUAGAAAAAUAAUACUUUAGCACUGCAAUAUAAUGGGUAGAGAAAGGGUUUAAAAAUAAAACAGUAAGACUUCACAGGGUGCAUGCAAAUAACAUUAAGAAUUAACUUUUGUUCCUGUUCAUUUUGGUUUUAAACUGUUAACACAUUCCAGCCAGGAAAACGCAUCAAGAUGGGUACAAAACAGGGCUAUGGUGGGGUGGGGGGGUCAGUGUUCUAAACUCCCGCUGUUCUAGGCACAUUCUGCACUUCCAGCUACUCAGAGACUGGAGAAUAGACCCUCUUAAGAAUAUUAGAGAGGUGGGCAGGGGAAGGACUAGACCAUGUGAAAAAUACCGUAUUUUUCGCACCAUUGGACGCACCGGACCAUAGGACGCACCGGAUCAUAGGAGGGGGAGAACAGGGAAAAAAUUUUUUUUCUUGUUCUCUCCCUCUAAAACAAGGUGCGUUCAAGGUACCUAAUUUUUUUGGGGGGGGGGGAAUAAAUAAAAAAAAUUCCCUCCCCAGGCACGGGGCAGGCGCGGGACAAGCCCGCGGUUCCCCCGACCCCAGCCCCCAGAACAGCCUGCUAUCCGCAAGCCCUAGGGACCCGAGGCGGUCUCCCAGGCUUGUGGAGAGGUGCGCGAGCCCGGGCGCGCUCUUCAGUGCGCACCAGGCUUCGGAAUGCAGGCAGCUCCGCGCCACCCUCCCGAGCCCGCGCGGCCGCGCGGGACCGGGAGGGUGGCGUGAGCUGCAGAGCCCUGGGCGCAGGCAGCUCCGCGCCACCCUCCGGAGCCCACGCGGCUUCGCGCCGGGACCGGGAGGGUGGCGCGGAGCUGCAGGAAGCCCUGGGCGCAGGCAGCUCCGCGCCACCCUCCGGAGCCCCGCACGGCUCGCGCCGGGAUCGGGAGGGUGGCGCGGGCUGCAGGAAGCCAGGAAAGCCUGCAUUCGCUCCAUAGGACGCCACACAUUUCCCUUCAUUUUGGAGGGGAAAAGUGCGUCUAUAGAAGCGAAAAAUACGGUAAACAUAAUAUUUUAGCUGCAGUUCAUUCAUUUUCAGCUUUGUAUUCUUGUUAUAAAAAAGCACGCCUAGACACAUUGUUGUGCCCAUAACCUAGGUUUAAGGUGCCAUUUAGCUCCUAGCUAACUUUCAGUACAGUGGUAUACAUGUCUACUCAAAAGUAAGUUUCUUUGUGUUUAAUAGGGCUUAAUACCAGGUAGUUGAAUACAGGAUAGAAGCUUAGGCUUUUGUUCAGUUGCUGUUGGGAGAAAAGGAUUCUUGUGCCUUUAACAGCUGUAUGGCAAGCACAAAUUCAACAGGUUAAGUAUUUUCUAGUAUGGAAAUAACAGUUAUGACAAGAUGUACAGGUUCCACCUAUUUGCUGCUUUAUUUGUUUUAUUUUGCUGCCUGCCAGCCGCCUAGAUCAAUUGGCAAGCAGCUACUUGAGAUUGGGGUGGGGGAAGAAGCAUGGAAAUUGUCUGUCACUCAUUUUGCUGCCUGCCAGGCAGAUGGAACAGGCAGCAGGCAGCUGCUUGAGGAACUUUUUGAAAAUGUGAGGAUGGGGAAAGAAAUGUUGGGUCUUCUUUGCUGCUGUGCUUGUUUCACGGGCAGGUGGAGCACACAGCUGCUUGAGAGGGGCCUCAAUAUGAGAGCAGGGGGAGGAUUUGGCAAAACUUUCUUGUUUCUGCUGCAUGCCCUAUACACUCCUAAUUUAGAGACGUUUGUAGAUAACAUUCAAUCUCAAGCAUCACACUAGUAUGGGCGUAUACUUUUGUGAGUUGUCUUGUAUGCAUUCUCUGUGUAUUUUCUUAUAUUUUUGCUCCAUAAAGAUACUUUUAAAAAUAUAUUGCCAGCCAGCAUUAAAUAUGUCUUCUGGAAUACAGCGUGUGAAGAACUCUCAAAGAGCAAGAGCUUACAGGUAUCAGACUUUAUUAUGUUUUGUAUUUUCUCCUCCAGAUACUGAGGUUUGUAAGAGAAUGGAGUGGUCUAACAGCCAUGAAGCAGAGAAUUAUCAGGAAAAGUGGCCAGCUAUUUUCUAGCCCCAUUCUUGCUGCUGAAGAGCUGUUGUCAAAACAACAAGCCAAGCUCAGCAGUACCAAACGGUGUGUGCUAACAGCCUCUUUUUCACUCUGGUAGAGGGAUGGGAAAUAAAUCACCUUAAUGAUGCAAACAUGACUUAAAUUACAAACUAGUUUUAACCGAGUUGGUUUGAUAUAGUAGGCUCUUCAUGAUUUUGCAUGAUAAAAUGUGGGGAACAGUGAGAGAAAUAGGUUUAGCAAAAACAAUGCCAAAGGAUUCAGAACUCAUGAAUCCCUAUGUUAUUACAAUAGAAAAUUAAGUAAUUCAUCACCCUGAUGAUAGUUUUCAUAUCAAUGUAAUAAUGGAUCUUAUUUAAAAUAGAACAGAGAAAGCUGCUGGAAAUGAGUGUUUUACAGAUUGCAUGUGGAAAACAGGGAUUACCUUGAGAGGGGAAUUUCCUCAAGAAUUCUGCAUCUCAGUGUUUUGCAUUGACCCACAGACUAAAAAAGAAAUGUUUCCUAUGUUUCUAGGUACAUAACAAAAGAAGAUGUAGCGAAAGCUUCACUAAAGAAGGCUGACAGUAUUGGGGGCAGUGUUCGUAUAGUUACUAAAAAACCCACAGUUGCCUUAAAUGCCCACACUGCCUCUGCUGGAGAAAAGGACAACAAUUCUACAAAGUAAGUUUCAAGUAUGCAAGGUAACACUGAUUUCUGUAGGUUGCAUCUACUAAUGCAGUGAGACUUCCUCCCCUAGCCCUGAUCUAGAGGCUCUCCAUACAGCUUUUUUGGAGUGCAUUGGGGGGGAUGCAGGCUACAGGACGUUCCUUUGCUCAGGUCUAAUGUGCAAAAGAAAUGGCAACAUUGGAGAAAGCCCCAUGUCCCUCAUUUUCAAACUGUUAGUCAGUUCUUGACAGGUGGGCACCUUUGUUAAUCAAAACCGAUCUUUCCCAUGACAACUGCCAUUAGCUCCAGCGAGUGUCACCAACAACCAGGGAUGAUGGUAGCUGUCUUUGCAAAUGAAGUGGUGGAAAAGUUAAAUGAGCCCUUUAGUGUAGGAUGAGGGCCAAUAAAUUGAAGCUGAAUCCAAACAAAAUGGAAGUAUAGUGGUACCUCGGGUUACAUAUGCUUCAGGUUACAGACGCUUCAGGUUACAGACUCCACUAACCCAGAAAUAGUACCUUGGGUUAAGAACUUUGCUUCAGGAUGAGAACAGAAAUCGUGCUACGGCGGCAGUGGGAGGCCCCAUUAGCUAAAAUGGUGCUUCAGGUUAAGAACAGUUUCAGGUUAAGAACAGACCUCCGGAACAAAUUAAGUACUUAACCCGAGGUACCACAGUACUUUUGGUGGGUGGUUCAUCUGUUCAGGGUGGUGGUGUUCUGAAUGGCACUGUGCUCCUCUUAAAAUAGAUGUCUGCAACAUGAGGGUGCUUAUAGACCUAGCUAUUACUUGAAGUUCCAGUGGCAUCUGUAACUUGAAGCAUCUUUCUGCAGCUGAGUGCAGUCGCAGUGGCCCCUCCUAGACAGAGAGCUUUGUGAUGGUUAUCUAUGCCCCGGUAACCUCCAGGCUAAAUUACUGCAAUGUGUUGUUAAUGGAGCUGUCUUUGAAGACAGCCCAGCAAUUGCAAUUGGUAAGAAAGACAGCAGCAAAGUUAAUAACUGGGAUUGUUUGCCAGGAGCGUAUCAUGAAGGACAUAGAAAACUGCUUAUGCUGAGACAGGUAAUUGGUCCUCUUGGCCAGUAAUUUUGACACUGACUGGCAGCAGCUCUCUAGCACUUCGGAUAGAGAAGUCUCCUCCAGCCUUACCUGAUGAUGCCAGGAAUUGAAUCUGGGAGUUUGUGCAUCCAAAGCAGACAUUCUACUACAGCGUUUUUGGUGGUUUUAAUUAGUAUUUUGGUUAAAAGGAAAAUACUUUAGUGGUAUAAUAAAAAGAGAAUUCCUUGUGUGCCUAAGAUCCAUGUUUGGGGCUAGUACUUUUUAGUGAUAGAGCGCCAGCAGGGAUUUAAAAUCACAAAACAUGCAGCAAAGCAUAGAAAUAUAAGCUGCUGUUGUUGUUGUCGUUUAGUCGUGUCCGACUCUUCGUGACCCCAUGGACCAGAGCACGCCAGGCACUUCUGUCCUCCACUGCCUCCCGCAGUUUGGUCAGACUCAUGCUGGUAGCUUCAAGAACACCAUCCAACCAUCUUGUCCUCUGUCGUCCCCUUCUCCUUGUGCCCUCCAUCUUUCCCAACAUCAGGGUCUUUUCCAAGGAGUCUUCUCUUCUCAUGAGGUGGCCAAAGUAUUGGAGCCUCAGCUUCACGAUCUGUCCUUCCAGUGAGCACUCAGGGCUGAUUUCCUUAAGAAUGGAUACAUUUGAUCUUCUUGCAGUCCAUGGAACUCUCAAGAGUCUCCACUGCCUUGCCCCUUCAUGGAUCACUGCCUUGCCGUGGCGAAGGGGCUUGAAUAACUCAGAGAAGCUAUGAACUAUGCCGAGCAGGGCACCCAAGAUGAACAGGUCAUAGUAGAGAGUUUUGACCAAACGUGAUCCACCUGGAGGAGGAACCAGCAAGCCACUCCAGUAUCCCUGCCAAGAAAACUCCAUGGACAAAGACAACAGGCAUAAGCUGCUAGAAGGGGAUAUUUUAAAGGUUCAAGUUCCCACUUCCCUUAGCUUAGAAAGAGACCACGUCUGACAAGUUAAAAGAUGGUUUACUUACAAACUUCUCAAAGGUUAGAUUCAUGUACUCUUCCAUACAGCAGCAAGAAAAGACAGGCAAGGUUAGUUCCAAGGUGUAAGUGUUUCUAAAUUGUUUGUAUAGAAACACAAAGCUGUCUUGCUAAAGCCACAUGGUCUAGGCUUGGAGCAACCAGCCCAGACAUACUUACUGGUAGGGUUCACAUGGUGUAAAGUGAGAGAUCAGAGAGUUUGAUAGCCCUUCCAUCCAAGGUGAGUGGGUGUGACCUAGCAGGACAGCUUACUUUAUGGUCCUAACACUUUCAUGCAUUAAUUGGAAUGACUAUAUGAGACUGGAUACGUCCCAGAGUUUUGACCCUUUGCUUGCUGGUGCUUAAAGAACUCUAUUGAUUUCUGGUCUGUUUCUGAAGUGCUGAUCCUUACCUUCAAAGCGUACACAAUGUGGACCUGAGAGAAUGCCUACACCUAUAUGUGCCUGUACCAUUUGUCACCUUCAAAGAUCCUCUGGUUAGCUUCCCUAUCUUAAGAUGAAGCAGGUGGCAACUGAGAGAGCACAUUCUUGCUUGUAAUGUCUGAGCAUUACCAGAGAGACUUACCUGGCAGCAUUUUUUAUGUCUUCAGUGCAAGGUGACCUUUUUUAUUUUCCCAGGCUUUUAACUCUGGUUAUGUUAAGCUUCUUCAACUUCUUCCCCACACCCUUAUAUUGUAUAAUUGAAGUUUAAUUAUGGAAGGUGCCCUGGAAACUUAAUGGUGGGUUACAAAUUUUUUAAAAUAAAUAAACAAAAUGGGGAAAUUGUUCUUCACCAAAAUAACUGACCUGUUUUAUCUUUAGGUUGGCUUCAGAAGAUGGGAACUGCCCAGCCCUCAUAUCAGGCUCUGGUCAGGCUGAUUCUGUUGAGGAGCCCACCUUAGGCAAAGGCUACUUGCAAGCUGUAGAUAAUGAAGGAAAUCCACUUUGUCUUAGCUGCCAAAUGCCAGCAGUCCAGAUUGACCAGAAGUCCACCUCAACUGCCUGUGACACACGGUUUUGUUCUCAUAAGUGCCAAGAUAACUUCUUAUUUCGCACUAGCCAAAGCUACUUGAGAACUAGAGUAUUUGAGAUAGAACAUGGGGUUUGUCAGAAGUGUUGUCUGAAUGCCCAGGAACUCUACCUUUGUGUCAGAGAUGCCCCAAAGAAUCACCGUAAAAAUCUUCUGGAGAGCUCCUGGAUGUCCAAGCUUCCUUUAGCUCAGGUAAAAUGUGCUGUUGGAUUUAGUCAGUUACCAAUCAGGAAUAGGGAACUGGAUCCAAGCUACUUUGAACAGGUGGGUGGGAUCACCCACCUGUCAGUCAACUCAGAUAUGACAUCAGGUGAUUCAACUUCAAAGGAAGAAUCUUAAGCCAUAGCUGUAAAGAUUCCUGCCAAAAGGGAGACUUGCAUUCAGUGCUGAGCUGCAGGCCUCACUUUCUGCAAGAAAAAGUUAAGUUUGUGCGCAUGUUAUGUUAUAAAAUCACCUCCUCCUUUAGAAGAUGAAGGCUUAUGGCUCUUGAAGCCUUUCAAAGCCAGUAUUUGCAUAGUCCAACUAUCAACACGCAAACCCAGCCUGUCACCUGUAUUCUGCCAGCAAACUACACUGUGAAGACACAGUUUGUUGUUACAAUUGUUUAAACUGUGGUUUAACACUAUUUCCAAGAACCUAAAAGGCUAAAUUUCAAAAGGUGUUAAAGAGUAUCACUUGAUCUUAACACUUGCUUCAUUAUAACUUGUCAACUUCCUCUUCUCUAAUCUAAGAACAACAGACCUGGUCCAAUAGCCAUCACAUGUAUAUUUAUUUACCUUUUGCUCUUUACAUAUGUAUCUAAAACCAUUAACAUUUUGAACAACUUUGGUUAGAUGAGACCCUAUUUCAUGUUCAUAGAACCAAGAGUUGGGGUAGGAUUCCCCCCCCCCCCAAUACAUGUUGAUAAUCUGGUAGUGAGGAUGUGUGUACUAGCUACAUUUCGAAGUCCAUGUUCAGAUCUUCUGGAGGAUUGUGAACAAGCUGUGUGUGUCUAUGCGCCAUCAUUUUUCCUCAUGGCUUUAGAUUAACAGAACCACAGUUUGGCAUUACAUCUGAACUGGCAAACUGUAGUUUUUGUGAUUCCUUCAACUAGGAUUGUAAUUGUUGUUUGGAUGUUAUGGCAGAUUGGUUUGACUAACCAGUAAGUGUUUGAUUAAGCCAGGUGUCAAGGAACUGCCAUCGGCUCAGGGGCGAGAGGGGAAAAGCCAGAUGGAUUACAGAGAACCCCCAAAGAUAAUGGGAAGCAGCACCUCCUCAGUGGAGGAGAGUAACCACGCCUCCAGUGGAGAGGAGCUUCAGGGUUUGGAGGAGGCGAGGCGGUGCCAGGACACCUUGCCUGGGCAAAGCGGGGAGGAGAGAGGUCCUCCGUUACCCACGCCCUCCCUGCGCAGUAGACUUCCGCGCUGAGAGGGGAGGCGCAGAUUGGGCGUCAAAAAACUACUCUGCUGGGGAAGGUUUAAGGACCGCCCACUCACAGAUUCUGCCAGUGAAUGAGCCAGCCACGGGAGAGUGGCACUCCGCACAGAGAAAGUUUAUUUUGGCAUCAAAAGCAACGCUUCACAGCCGAGCAGAGAGGCAUUUGCCUACUUGCUCUCGAGCAACCCCUUGGUACCUUAACACCAGGCAUAGGCAAACUCAGCCCUCCAGAUGUUUUGGGACUACAACUCCCAUCAUCCCUAGCUAACAGGACCAGUGGUCAGGGAUGAUGGGAAUUGUAUUCUCAAAACAUCUGGUGGGCUGAGUUUACCUAUGCCUGGAUUAAGCCAAAUCAUGAGAGGAGGUAGAAAGGUAUGUACAAGCUCGUUCCUAAUUGGUAAAGGCUUAGUAGCUUAUCUAAUAUCCUAUCUAAUUGCAGUUAAAUGAAAUUAUACGGAACCCAACUGAAGGUCAGUUCUGGCAAGUGGAUCAUAUAAAGCCAGUUUAUGGUGGAGGAGGACAGUGUUCCCUGGAAAAUCUUCAAACACUGUGUACGGUUUGCCACAAGGAGGUGAGUACAGAAUACUCUGACACAACCCUUCAACAUUAUGCAUGUUGUUGUUGUUUACUCGUGUCCGACUCUUCGUGACUCCAUGGACCAGAGCAUACCAGGCACUCCUGUCCUCCACUGCCUCCAGCAGUUUGGUCAAACAUCCUUAGACCUAUUUAUUCUUUGCCCUGUAGUCAAUUUCGCUACCAGUUAUUCUUUCGCAUUUCCUUAAUUCUUAAAAGUUGGCAAAUUUUCUCAUUUGCCAAGCAGAUAACUGCACUCCGAAAGUUAUUUACUUUAGAUGCAAUGCAGUUCUGUAAUUCAGGUAGACAAUAUAUGUUAGACCAUCUUAAAAGUUACUACACCAACCAACCUUUUCAGUCUAAUCAAGAUGCUGUAAUCAGUGCCAGUUUCUCUAUACAGUAUAUGUUGAUAUGAAAUGCAUUUUAUCUAACUAUUCUCUUCUUUUCAGAGAACAGCAAAGCAAGCCAAGGAAAGAAGUCAAAUGAAAAGAAAAUCUGUAGCUUCAAAGUAUGGAUCUGAUAUUACCAAUUUUUUUGUGAAAUUAUGAAGCUAAAAUAAUUCAGAUGUGUAGUUUAUGUGUAGUUCAUCAAACUGAUUAAUCAUGCACCUUAAUAAACUAAUAGGUUGAUUUUUAGUGGGAUUGUCCUAAACCAAUCACCUAGCUUUUUCUAAGGCUAGAUCCUGGAGUUAUCAUGGCAGAUAAAUGUUGAGAAAGGCAAUUAGACAGACAUGGCAGACGCAUCUCUACCUACAUCUUUGGCAUUUUAAAGUUUUGUACUUUCUUAGUUCAAGAUUUGGAACGUAAAAUUGCAUUUGACAGUGAUAGACCAAUAAAAAUUAACGAUUGUUCCCCAAACUGUAUUAGUGGUUAAUACAGAGAGAAAUGCACCAAUUUAGCCCUUAACCAUCUUCUCAUAUAUGACAAGUGCAGUGGUGGAAUAGCAGAAUAUGCUUUUUAAAAUAUCAGUACUGCUGUAACCUCUAGCUUCCUAAUUGUACCAUGAGGUUUGUCCUUGUAAUCUGCUGCUUUGCUCAGCUGCUUAUCUUGACAACACAAUCCUAACUGUGUCUAUUCAGAAUCAAGUCCUAUUGAAUUCAGUGAGAUUUCUGCCAGGUAAGUGAGGCUAGGAUUGU